GGAUUGGCUGAAGGAGUCACAUGUUACUUACCCCCGAGAACAAAAUCUUCCUGCGCUCGUCAGUCGUGCAAGCAUGGCAGCCUGUCCGCGAGUGUUUCGCUUGAGAACAUGUGGACUUGUGAUAAUCACAUCGUUCCUUGUGUGGAUAGGGUUCAGAUUCCGUGUCCAACCUCCACUGAGGACUUUGUCUGAUGAUGAGGACUACAGAGUGCGGGAGUCAGUGUUAGUGCAGCUUGAGGGCAGGGAGGGACAUCGGCAGGUAAAUGGAGGUGUAGGAAGGGAGGGAGGGGCGAUGUUUGUGAUCUUCACCACCUGGCUGGCGCGAGAGGACAAGCGUUUGGUCCACGACAACGUGCUUCGGACGUGGAGACAGUGGCAGCCAGCCAUCCUCCCAGUGCUCUUCGCUCAUGAGGUGGAGGAGCGACAAAGAGCGGAGACCUUCGGUUGGCGCAGUUUACCGUUUCCACAGACGGCCUGCGGGGGUCUUCCUAUCCUGCGGGAGAUGUUCCUGAAGGUGCUGGCAGAUUUCCCAGACACCCAGUUGUUCGGGUACUCCAACGGAGACCUGCUGCUAGGAGCGGGUCUGCUUGACACCAUUCAAGGUGUGGCACGCAAUCCCAUAAUCCUCCAGCGGCCCGUCCUGAUGGUGCUGAGGCGUUUCGAAGUGAAUUUUGUAAACAGGUCAGGAGCCUUCCAGGAAGUCGGUCAGGUCGAGGAACUGCGUCCCUUUGCCAAGGAAAUGACAGACGGGUCUUCUGAUGCUUUUUUCACCAACAGACUGUUUCCAUGGAGACUGAUUCCUGAAGUUGUGCCGGGGCGUAUGGGAGUGGCCAUGUGGCUCGUGGCGGCGUCCUUAGCGCUUGAGGUCACAGUGAUUGACGUGACCCCAACAGUGUUUGCAGUUCACAUGACGACAGAAGCAGGAAAUUAUGAAUCACACUCUCACCCGAACGCUAAUUGCAAUCACGAGCUCUUCAGAAAUCUGGCGCUGGUUCCAGACGACUGGGAGUGCGGCUAUAUAUAUCGAGCUCAGUACAUUACCAGAAGGACUAAAAACACAACAGAGGUCAAGAUCGAGGCAAAGCCAGACAAACUGAUGGUGAACAGACAGACUUCAUACUGUGGCAUCGACAUAAAAGCUCUGGAAAGACAUGCGCAGUUCUCUGACAUUUGAACUGUAUAUAUAUGCACACACAUUCUAGGAAUAAAAUAAGUUUAUUUAUAGAGUGGUUUAUACCACUUUCAAAUACAGGGUUAAAGGACUGUUCAGAAGGAAACACAUACAGUUGGUCUUUAAAGCAAAGAGUUCAUUGACUACACAUGUUGAAAAAAAAAUUACUGUCAAUCAUGUAAACAUCGCACUCGAGGCUGGAGAAUGGUCAGUAUAGUCAAGUUGGCUUCAAAGAAACAAUUAUUUUAUGACAUACAUGACUUUUCCACUGCAUGUUCAUCGUUCUUUAUAUUUUUUACUUCAUGAUUCUUUUUCAAGAAUAAUCAAGUGAUUGGCCUUUUGAUACAAUGAACAAAUAUCAUUCAUUAGAGCACAUGGAGGUUUAUGAAGUUUAGGUUUAAACAAAGGGAGUGAGUGGUCUUCUCGUACGAGAAAACGCUUAUUGUUUAUGAUCAUGUUUAUUCUUAUUUAUUUUUUAUUUUCAUUUGUUAAUCGACAUCGCUUAAAUGGAUAUAGCAACUAAAGUCUCCCACUUGCAUAUGAAGAUGUACUAAAACUAACUACCAUGACAAAAUGUCGAGAUAAUGUAAGGGCUUGUGUUUUCUAUGAUGACCACUCAUCCUAUCCUCAUUUUGAAACUAGCACUUGUUUGAACUUUUGUAACUGAGCACACUUACUAGGCUAUAUUGCCUACUGGGAUUAAUAAAGUUGGUCAUUUGUCAUUUGCAUGAUAAGAUGACAUCGACGUCUGA